GCAUCCGAUGAUUGACUCCGAAACCAUCGUUCUUAGAACUACAUCACAACGGAUCUGUUUAUCUUUUCGUCAGAUAAGAAGUGGAACAAAUCACGAAUCCCCCCAGAAACAUGAAAAAACAACUACUAUUUUCUGUCGGCGUAUUGUCUGCAAUUGGCGGCGCAAGCGCUUUCGUCCCCGCCCAAACGGCACCCAAUGCAAUUGGCAGCCGGAAGAGCAGCUCCCACGGAAGAGACGGUUUGGUGAGCGUCAGUGAUGCAAAUUCCCCGCAAUCGUUGUCAUCCCGCACAGCACUGCUCAGCGACAAGAAGAAAGGUGGCCUCGACGAAUCCAUGAGGAACAAAUUGGUGACCGAAUCGAUUGCUCCCUGGAGAACCCUUCGUUUGUUCCUCUAUGGUUCGUUCGGAUCGGGCGCUUUUGUCGGAGGACUGCUAAACGGAUCGGAGGCCAUUGCCAAUAGCAACAGCCCAGACUUUAAUCUACAAGUUGAGGUACGAUCUAAAAAUUGUAGUGCGAUACAAAACGACCAGAUGCGAUGACGCUAAGAAGUAUGCUGUGUGUCAAGCAUUGUUGAUUUUGGACUAUUCCCACCGAACGGAUAGAUUGGCUAUGACGUUGUCACCGUCAUAAACGUAUGGCUUAGGCCAACGUUUAUAUCUGUGCCACUUCUAACCGGCAUGGAAAUUAUUUGUAUCGUUUCUAUUUUAAAUCUUUAAAUUAAUAGCUUGUCAAUCUUGGGAUCGAUUUCGGAGUUGUGGUUCUCAUGGCCUUCCUGGCCAAGUACGAUCUGGGGAAACAGGAAGAGUUGCAGACGAAGGUUGACGAAAAAAUUUCCCGCAAAAAAGAAAUGAAGGCUGUAAGCAAAGCAAUGAAAGGACGUGAAGCCACUUUGCAAUCACUUCCUUUGGAAAUCACCGUUGGAGCCGAUGGCAGUACCCAAACGGCUAGAGUUGCAGAUCUACAGAAGGGUGCCAAACAACACAUGAUCAUUGUCGCUGGUCCGAGGAAAGUUUGCAAGGACGCAUUGAUCGGUGCCAACCUACUGAAAAUGGAUUUUGCCUUGAGCAAUGUCUUGGUCGUUCCUUACGAAACGGACGCCGACGAUUCGGCCGCACGACCAAGUGGUGGAUUCGGUGAUCGCCCAUCGUACGAAACGCAGCCAUACAUCGCAAAAGCUAAUGGCGAGGACUGGGAAGAUUAUAUCCAACAGGAAAUCAGCGAUGCAGUCGAACAAAGUGGGGAAAAUGUCAAGACGGAAGGAAUUGCAAUUGUUGUGGCCAAUAAUGGAAAUAUCAUUCGACGCGGAGUGGGAACUGUGCCUUGGAGGCUGAUGGUGGAGCAAUUGGAAGAGACCGUCAACCCGACGACCGAAGAGAAAGGUCUUUUCGGAUUCCUGGAAUAAUUUUUAAAUCAUACAUGAUGCGUAUUAUUUGACGAGCUUGCAGGACCUAAUUUACGUAGUAUAUAUACUAACUGUCAAGAAUCAUAAACAAGCCCACGCCCGAUUUCUGUAUUACUUAUUCAAACUGCAGUCAUUUUGUCCACCUUGAGAACAUUCAUUUUUGAUAUCCUGAGCAUACUAUCAAUAUGCUCACCAAUCAAGACACUGACUUUUU